AUGUAUUUCAUGAAACUCAAUCAAGAGACUUAUCUUAAGAAAAUUUUAGAGUUGGGACAUACACACGUGGGGAAAGAAUGUAUGAAGCUCGAAAAAUGGAAGGAGGGUACGAGGUAUGACAAUAUUCCAAAAGAAAUAGUGCAAAUCUGGUUCAAGUUGCGAAAUAUCCCUCCCCACAUGUACAAUGCGGAAGCCUUAAGCCAUUUCGCUAGCCUUCUAGGAAACCCUUUAUACAUGGACAAAAUCACUAAGGAAAACGAAAAUCUCACAUAUGCUAGGAUGAGCGUUGAAGUUCAACCUAGAAGUGUUCUCCCCAACGAAAUUACAGUGGUUGAUCGAAAGGGAAAUGCUACCAAGAUGGGCAUACACUAUGAAUGGCGACCAUACAAAUGUGUGAACUGCAAUACCUUUAAACAUUCUAUAAUGAGAUGCCAUAAAUUAAUGGCCAACCAUAAAGUAAACCAGGGAACAACAAAUGCAGAAUGGAGAAGCCAAGCAACAAAAGGAAAUCAAACUCAAGAAGAGGGAAGUAAGAAAGGAAAGGAAAUUGAUGAAACAGGGGAUUCUGAAGAAGAUAAACAUAAAUGUAAGGAAGUGGAAAAUGCAGAAGAUGAAAGCAAAGAUACAACAGAGGAGAAGGAAACUAAGGUUGUUGAUCCUCAAACAUGGAAAACUGAAUUAGAGAAAAGUAGUGACAAAAACCUUGAAAUCCUGAAAAAGAAUACAUUUUACUAUGUUAGUACGAGUUCAUAUAGAGGAAGAUUAAACAAUAAGAGCAGACAGAUAUCAUCAUCUGCUUCAAUUCAAUCUCAUUUCAUGAAGAACGCGAGAAGAUUGGGACAUGGAAGAAGGCAAUAUGGUUAA